AUGCCUCCUGCUCGUCGUCGCGGUGGCAAUACCGCCGCUCAACGCUCCGGCCAGUCCACGCUAUCAUUCGGCUCCAAGUCCAGGGUCACCAAGCCCUCAGCCACCACCCCCUCCCAGAAAUCAAAGGAUCUCGAUGCCCUCACUAUUCUUCCUGGGAAGCCAUCCCACGAUGCGAUCUCGGAGCCGGAAGAAUCACCGGCCACCCCCUCAGAGCCCCAUGUGGCGGAAAUCGCCGUGAAGGAUCAAGCCCAAACGGAAAUUCAACAGCCUUUGACCGAAGAGGAGGAGAAGGCACUCAAAGUCACAGAGCAGGACCUACGACAGUAUUGGAAGAAGGAAGAGGCCAAGAGACGGGCCCCUCGAGUGCAUCAAGGGGAGCUGUCGUUGCACGAGAAGAUCCUACGACUCUUUGACCUCUCCAGUCAGUUUGGGCCAUGCAUCGGGAUCGCUCGACUAAAGCGUUGGAGACGUGCCAAUAUGCUCGGCCUUAACCCGCCUAUCGAGGUCCUUGCUGUGAUGUUGAAGCAGAACGAUGAUACGAAGCAGAGAGCCUAUGUCGAUGAACUCAUGUCUUGA